AUGAAGAAGAGCAACAGGAAGCUUACCAUGAGGAUCAGUGAGCGAGAGGCCAUCUGCAUCCCACCCUCGCACGGUCCAGGAGAUCUCAAAAAUACGUUGGAUGGAGGAGAGUAUGCCCCUUUUGUAUCUCCUCCCAUGUUAGAGGGCAAUUUUAUCCAGGUCAAUAGAAGAGGUGAAUCCAUUUACCUUCAUAACCGAGCCAACUGGGUGGCUGUUGCCAUCUGCUCUUCCAGCCACACCCACAAGACCCCCAACGUGAUGCUGCUAGCACAUCUCACACCCAUGGCCCAGAAGGACAGAGAACCCCUGUUUAAGAGUCUCCUGAGAUCUUCUCCAGAGAAACUGGUGCUCACCAGGUUUCUCCCUCUGCAGUUUGUGGCUCUGUCUGUGCACGAUGCUGAGAAAAUGCGCCUCAAAGUGAAGCUGGCAAGUGGUCGAGCCUACUACCUCCAGCUCUGUGCCCCCGCACGCAAACAGGAGGCCUUGUUUUCUCAGUGGGUAGAGCUCAUCGCCCUCUUGAACCAGGAGAAAGCCAAAGUUUCCAGAGUGUCGGAAGUCUCGAGCCUCUCGGAACUCACAAAUAGCACAGACAUCACGGGCUCGAUGGACAUCAUGGAUAUCGCAGAAUUCACCGCUGUACAGACUUCCCAUCCGUACAUGUAUUCAGACCAUGUGUACGGCCUGGAGAGCACUGAUUUCUCAGAAUUAACAGUCAUCACCGACGUCACGGAUGUCACGGAUGUUCCAGAGCAGGAGGUCACUGAGGCCCCAGAUGUAAACAUUUUCACAGAAGUCACAGAAGUCACAGACCUCCAUGAUGGCACAAACAGCUCGGGGGUCAGAGUGGUAUUUGAAAAUGAUGACAUACUAAGGGCCAAGCAGGAGGAAAAGGAAAAACUGGAAAAAUGUCUGAAGCCUGGGUGUCUACGAGAUACAAAGAGUAAGAUUGAGCUCAAAGAAUUCUCAAAACACGUCACCAUCUCAAACGUAACACUGACUUUCGAAGGUGAAAGAUGUUUCCAAACGACCUUGACGCCAGUAGAGAGUGAGCCAGAUGCCUGCGAAGAGAAGAAUGAUAGGACCUCGGAAAUAAGCACGACUCUCAAGGCUGGAGAAUCCAGGAGCAUGAGGACUGAUUCAAACACUUCAGAUAAAUACAAACUACUAAACUAAAAAACAAGCACAGCUCAAGAAAUAACAGCCAACACAAGGAAAAAAACAAAGCGGUGUCUUCCAUGUGGCAGAAAUAAAGGCUACCACUAACCAUUAAGCACUUAAAUCUAUGUCAAUCUCAUUUCUUAAACCUUAAUUACUGCGGAUUAUCAAUUUUAAAGGAAGAUAGAGGCAUAUAUAUAACUAAGAUUUUUUAUUCAUAAACUCAAUUUUCAUCUAUAGGGCUUCUUUGGGGUUAUUGGAAAAGUUUGUUAUUCUCUUUGGUUUUACCUUUCUCAUUUGGACAUUAACCCAACACUACGUUGUUGCUCACAUUGGGCCUGUGGCAUCCUUGAAGGAGGGGCCAUGUUCUUUCCAUCUUUGUGUUCUAGCUGCGCACCUGGCCUGAGAGACAGUAUUCAUGGAAUCGAACGCCAUUUCAGAGUUUUUUAAUUUUUUUUAAUCCCCAUACUUUUAAAAAUAAAGAAACUACAG